AAAAAUACAAAGAAAACUCAAAAUGAGAAGCAGUUUUAUUCUUGCCGCCAUUUUGGCUGUUUUGUUCUUGGCUGUUUUUGCCACCGCUCAAAUGGCUACCACUGAACAAGCUGACCAAGAAGCCAUGUUGCAAAAAUUCUUGCAAACAGUCCGUGAUCAACGUGAAAAACAAUCCAGAGAUGCCCAACCAAGAAGAAGAAGAGGUGAUGAUAGAAAGAGAAGAGCACCAAGAAGAAGAAGAGCCAGUAAGAGAAGAGCUGUUAGAUAUUUGAGAAAGUUGUUGAAGAAUAUCAAGAAUCUCGGUUUGGUUACCUCUACUUCCCACGAAAGAAGAAGAUUGUCCAAGAAGGUUGCUACUACUUAUUUGAGAAAGUUGACCAAGAUUGUCAAAUACUUGAACAAGUUGAAGAAGGAUAACAGAAAGGAAGAAUUAGUUACUCUCGUUGCUCAAUUGAAGAAUUCUAGAAAGUUCGCCAAGUCUGUCAGAAUUGUCAGAAAGUUGUUGAGAAAGUUAGUUAGAGCUACCAGAAGACAACAAGCCAGAAGAGGUGCUAGAAGACAAAGAAGAUCCACUAGAAGAUCAUCAAGAAGAUCUGCUCCAAGAAGAAGAUCCACCAGAAGAUCUGCUAGAAGAGCUCCAAGAAGAAGAUCUGCUCCAAAGAGAAGACAACAAAGAAGAGGUGGUAGAAGAUCAUCAAGAAGAUCUGCUCCAAAGAGAAGAAGAUCCACUAGAAGAUCUGCUCCAAAGAGAAGAAGAUCAUCAAGAAGAUCUGCCAGAAGAGCUCCAAGAAGAAGAUCAUCAAGAAGAGCCCCAAGAAGAAAGUGUGCUGCUCCAAAGAGAAGAAGAUCUGUCAGAAGAGCCCCAAGAAGAGCUCCAAAGAGAAAGUGUGCUGCUCCAAAGAGAAGAGUUGUUAAGAGAAAGUGUGCUGCUCCAAAGAGAAGAAGAGCUCCAAAAUUCAUCAGAAGAUUCUUGAAGAGAAGAGUUGCCAAGAAAUGUGGUGCUCCAAAGAGAAAGAUCGUCAGAAGAAGAAGAACUUGUGCUCCAAAGAGAAAGAUUGUUAGAAGAAGAAGAUGUGCUGCUCCAAAGAGAAAGGUCAGAAAGUGUGCCGCUCCAAAGAGAAAGCUCAACAGAAAGCAAUUGAAGAAGGCUUUGAAGAGACAAUUGAAGAAGGCUUUCUUGAAGGCUUUUGCUAAGAAGGGUUUGAAGGCUGACUUGAAGAAGUUGGUUAAGAAGAUCAAUGCUGCUAAGAAGCAAUUGAAGCCUGUUGUUGUUGCUCCAAAGGUUGUUGCCCCAAAGACUGCUACCAACCAAACUGCCACUGCUACUCCAGCUGCUAAGACUGAAGGUCUCGAAUCAUUCAUCAAGCAAAUCUUGAAGGAAUACACUGCUCAAAACUAAAUAAAAAAAGUUUAAAGUAGUUUUUUC